GGGAGGCUGCCCGGCCCGGCAGAGGGCCAAAGAAGAGCGGACCAAAGCCAUGUGUGCCACCCGUGGAUCGCCUCGCUAGGACCCGAGGGCGUCACUGACUUCGUAUCGGAAACCCAGAAGUGGUGAAGACCAAGGCAACUGCACAGCUCUCCUGUUCCCCCUCUUGGGGGGGCGGGAGAGAAUAUAUUGAUAGACGAUGGACGCGCUGACCCGGCCGAGUGGGGAUAUUAUGCGGCGGAAUCCACAGCAAGACUACGAGCUCGUCCAGCGAGUGGGGAGCGGCACGUAUGGGGACGUCUAUAAGGCCAGAAAUGUGCAUACCGGGGAGCUGGCUGCAGUAAAAAUUAUCAAGCUAGAACCAGGAGAUGACUUCUCAUUGAUACAGCAAGAAAUCUAUAUGGUUAAGGAAUGCAAACACUGUAACAUUGUAGCGUACUUUGGAAGCUAUCUCAGCCGCGAGAAGCUGUGGAUUUGCAUGGAGUACUGUGGAGGAGGGUCCCUUCAAGACAUAUACCAUGUAACGGGGCCGCUGUCAGAGUUGCAGAUUGCGUACGUUUGCAGGGAGACGUUGCAGGGGCUUGCUUAUUUGCACAUGAAAGGCAAAAUGCAUCGGGAUAUUAAGGGUGCAAAUAUUCUGCUGACAGACCAUGGCGACAUCAAGUUAGCUGAUUUCGGCGUAGCGGCAAAAAUCACGGCCACCAUUGCAAAGAGGAAGUCGUUUAUUGGCACCCCUUACUGGAUGGCCCCGGAAGUCGCUGCCGUCGAGAAGAAUGGCGGCUACAACCAACUCUGUGACAUCUGGGCUGUGGGCAUAACGGCCAUCGAGCUGGGAGAGCUGCAGCCGCCCAUGUUUGAACUCCACCCCAUGAGGGCCCUCUUCCUCAUGUCCAAAAGCAACUUCCAGCCUCCAAAGCUAAAGGAAAAGAUGAAGUGGUCGUCAACAUUCCAUACUUUUGUCAAAGUAGCCCUCACAAAAAAUCCAAAGAAGAGGCCGACAGCAGAAAGACUUCUUACACAUACCUUUGUCGGGCAGCCUGGUCUUUCCCGUUCUCUGGCCGUUGAACUACUGGACAAAGUGAACAAUCCUGACAACCACGCCCACUACAGCGAGGCGGACGAUGACGAUUUUGAGCCUCACCCUGUUAUUCGCCACACCAUUCGCUCUACCAACCGGAACGUUAGAGCAGAAAGGACGGCAUCUGAAAUAAACUUCGACAAGUUGCAGUUUGAACCACCUUUAAGGAAAGAGACGGAAGCCCGGGAUGAAAUGGUGGUGGCAGGAGGCGCACACUUCGCGUCGCACUGGAGUCCCUUUGUUGAUGGCGGAGGUUGUGCCAAGGGACUUCUUACCAAAUUUGGCGACGGCCACGAAGACGCUGAGGAAUCAACGCUGAAACGGGCCGGACCCCCUCCUCUACCUCCAAAGCCUCGGCUCAGCAUUUACCAGGAGGAAAGCCUCGCGGACGAUGAGAAGUCCCAGACGAUCAAGUACUGCCCGGACCCUCACGGCCAGGCCACGCCGGCUCACAGGAGGCAAAGCAUUCCGGUGUGCGGGCCGCAGGCCGAGCUGCCCUCCGCCGGCAUGACCAGCAGUAUCAGCAGCCCGGGCUUGCUCACAGCCCGAUACAGCGACCUGGGCAACGGCGACAGCGUGCCAAAACUCCUCGAGGAAAUUGCCGAUGGGUCAGGCCACGUGCCACAGCUGCCACGGAAAAAGGACAAACGGGAAUUUCCGAGGCCAGCAAUUAAUGGCCUGCCUCCAACGCCAAAGGUGCUGAUGGGAGCCUGCUUCUCCAAAGUGUUUGACGGCUGCCCGUUGAAGAUCAACUGUGCCACGUCGUGGAUACACCCGGACACGAAAGAUCAGUACAUUAUCUUUGGGACCGAAGACGGCAUUUACACGCUGAACCUCAACGAGCUGCAUGAAGCCACCAUGGAGCAGCUCUUUCCGCGAAGAUGCACGUGGCUCUACGUGAUCAACAAUACCUUAAUGUCGCUCUCAGGGAAAACAUUCCAGCUCUACUCCCAUAACCUCAUAGCUUUGUUUGAACAAGCCAAAAAAACGGGGCUGGCUGCUCAUAUUCAGACCCACCGAUUCCCGGAUAAAAUAUUGCCAAGGAAAUUUGCCUUAACGACAAAGAUCCCAGAUACAAAAGGGUGCCAUAAAUGCUGUAUAGUAAGAAACCCCUACACAGGCCAUAAAUACCUCUGUGGAGCGUUACAGUUGGGGAUUGUUUUGCUUCAGUGGUAUGAACCGAUGCAGAAAUUCAUGUUAAUAAAGCACUUUGAUUUCCCUUUGCCAACCCCCUUGAACGUCUUCGAAAUGUUGGUGAUCCCAGAACAGGAAUACCCCAUGGUGUGUGUCGCCAUCAGCAAAGGCGCUGAUCCAAGCCAGGUCGUUCAGUUUGAGACGAUCAACUUGAACUCCGCUUCUUCAUGGUUUACAGAAAUUGGUGCAGGUUGCCAACAGCUGGACGCCAUCCACGUCACGCAGCUGGAGAGAGACACGGUUCUCGUGUGCUUGGACAGAUUCGUGAAAAUCGUGAAUCUGCACGGCAAGCUGAAGUCAAGCAAGAAGCUGGCCUCGGAGCUCAGUUUUGAUUUCGGCAUUGAAUCUGUCGUGUGCCUUCAGGACAGCGUGCUGGCCUUCUGGAAGCACGGCAUGCAAGGCAAGAGCUUCAAGUCCGACGAAGUAACCCAGGAGAUCUCGGAUGAAACGAGGGUGUUUCGCUUAUUGGGCUCUGACAGGGUGGUGGUGCUGGAAAGCCGGCCGACUGAUAACCCAACCGCACACAGCAAUCUUUACAUUUUGGCAGGCCACGAAAACAGUUACUAGGCAACCGCAAACCGACUUGAACUGCGAGCCAAGGAACCGGUCGCUUAAGGAAGCAGCCCUUUAAGGAAACUCGAUCCAAGUCGCCGACGCCGGCAGCCUCCUCCUCCUCCCCCCCCCCUCUUCCCUACCCCUCUCCACACACACACACACCCCACCCUUCGCUUUACCAUGUCGCCAUCCGAACGGACCCGGUUUUUAGGAUUCCUAGCCAAAUGUCAUGUGCGUCUUGCAGCUGGGAAGCAGCUGUUUUGUCACUUGCCACUAUGUGGUUGGUUAUGUCAAGUUUGCUUAAUAAAAGCUAUGAGAUAAUUAGUCCCUUUUGUUCGUUAGGCCUACAGAAACACGAAAGCCCCCGAUGCAGCCGCGGUGCCGUAUGAUUUUGGACAUGUCGUUCUUCGUGCUCUGAUUAAAAAGCCCAGGCUGCUCUUUCCUCCGCACUUCUGACAAUGCCUUCGUUUGAAUGCAGGGGGCUGAUGACAAAAUCAGGGCCGGGGGGAGGAGAAUAUUUGGGGGGCGCGACCCAUUGGGAACUUCUCCUAUGCCAGGCCCUUGCGGUUUUGUCCAGGGCCCACAAAUGACCCAUUUCAAGCGGGAGACGUUCCCAGGAGACGUGGUGGGUUUGUUUUUUAACGCAACUGUUCUCUGUGGGUUUGUAAAAUAGACUAUUUAAUCCUUAUUUAUUAAUCUGCUGCUAAGGUGGUGUGAUGUAUCUUAACUUCUAGCACAUGAAGGUUGCAGAACAGCUUCUGGUUUUGUGGGGGGUGGAGGGUGGGCUUUCCCCCCCCUUUUCUUUUUUUACAAUUGUACAAAGAGCCUGGGAUUCAUUUUGCUCUUCUCCUCUUAGAUGUAGCACAUUGUCGAAGGGAGGUGUUUAUAUAUAGGUUAUUAUGAUUAAAAAGAAAACACGACAACCCUUUUAUUCCUGUAUAAAUGCAGUUUUGUACAAGAGUAUUUUGUAUGGGUUUUGUUUGCGGAAUUUGUCAUAAAAGGGAGUUUGGCGUUUACCGAAAUGACGGGCGUGCUGUGGAUAAUAUGCAAGCUGGAUCCUAGCGAGGAAUCAGGAAACACGAUGGAAGGGUUGGCAGGAUGCGUGCAACAGGAAUAGAUUGAUGCAGAAGUGGUGGCGUGUGCUUCAGCGUGCAUCUGGAGGGCGAGCCCCCUUCACACGUCUGUCAUUUUUCAGAAGUGCUUGAGAUUGUUUGGGGAAAAGAGAGGGGGGGUUACCCAGUCCUUUGCAGAACCGUGGCCUCCUGGCCCUAUGCAGACUUCUGGGCCUGGCAGAAGUCUCACCCAAUGCUCGCCACGGCUGAUCAACCUCCGCCGAGAGCAGUGGCUGAGACCACGAGGGGCUGCCCGGUCCUUCUGGCGGGCUGCCUCUGAGCACUGUGGCCGUUCUCCCACUGGAAAAGGCCACCAGUCCUUUCCUGCGACAGGACCCCUCGCGACAAUCCUGAACCAGGAACUCAGGACGCGCCGGACUGGCUAAGCCUUCCUCAGGUCCAAUGCCCAGGGUUCAAAGGAGUUUUUAAAUGCUUUGCUCUGUUCAUGGACACGUAUUUUAUUUAUACUCUGCCAGAAGGGAAAUGGGGAAAGUGUGGG